GUAAACGUGCUUUGGAACUUUCUGACUCAGAGUUUAGUCCUAUGGUCAAGUUUUGUUAUUAUUUUAGCUAUUUCGGAGAUUCAGUGACCAAAAGAUGAAACCACUUAUGCUCCAUGGUCAUGAGCGAUCAAUCACUCAGAUCAAGUACAAUAGAGAUGGUGACUUGCUCUUUUCCUCUGCAAAAGACACAAAACCAAAUGUCUGGUAUUCAUUAAAUGGUGAAAGACUUGGAACAUAUAAUGGGCAUGGUGGUGCUGUCUGGUGUAUUGACAUCGAUUGGGAAACACAUCAUUUUAUUUCUGGGUCAGCAGAUAACAGCUUGAGAUUUUGGGAUUGUGAAACCGCAACCACACUAUCUAAAUAUGAGACAAAAACUGCCGUCAGGGCUUGUGGCUUCUCUUAUUGUGGUAGAAAGGUUAUGAUGACAACAGACAAACAGAUGGGACAUGAGUGUGUACUUAUGUUGUAUGAUAUCAGAGAAGGCUCCAAGGAACCAUUUCUUACUGUACCGAUUGAUGGACCUAAAGUGACAGCGGCCCUUUGGGGUCCAUUAGACCAGUACAUAAUCACUGGACAUGAAAAUGGAGAUCUUUGCCAGUGGGAUACAAAGACAGGAAACAAAUUGUUAACUGUUCACGAGCACACAAAACAAAUCAACGAUAUACAGAUGUACAAGGAUCAGACCAUGUUUAUAACCGCUUCAAAAGAUCAUACAGCUAAGGUUAGUGUUGAGAGCAUUCCACGACAGGAAACAAAUUGUUAA